CCAUCGAAGUGUUCCUUACGACCCAUCACGCCUCUCCACAUUCACGACUGUCACGCUUUCACGAAAUUUCGCGAACGAAACAAUUAUCACGAUUACGAGACACUGCGCAAUCGGAGCAUCCGCAUCGCGUGCAACCGGGUACACGCCAAGUACGAGGAGAACACCUCAGCAUUCCCAACCAGCUCGUCCGGCUCCCUCUGUUCACAACGGUAUGCGUCUGACCGUCUCGACACUGUUCGCAGCCAGCUGCAUGGCUGUGCUGCAAUCCCAAAGCAAUGCCGCACCGCUGCCUGGUCAAGCGGCUGUCGCCGCACCUAUUCCAGGUCACUCGUCCGGUCCCACGCCGGGCUCAGCGUUCGUGAGACCUAAAGCCACCGCCCUUGCCUCUGCACGCACGGCUCCUACCGCCGCACCGCGCCCAGCAAACCUCAAUGACGAGGCUGGUCUUACCCCGGACGAUUUGUACGAUUUUUGGAGAGUUGCCAAUGUGGACGAGAUCUCUGAGGGUGGCUCAGCACCGAGCAGCGGCAGAAUCAGCGGCAUGAAGGAGCUGCAAUACAUUUUGCAGCUGGACAACAAGCGGUGGACCUCAGAGCUCGACAUGAUCGACCUAGAGCAGCACCCUAAGCUGCAAAAGAGAUCUCCGACGCCCGUAGCUCAAGCCAAUCAGGAUCAACCAACCGUGCCGCUCUCCACCCUGCCUUCCCCAACCUUUCCGGCAAACAUUCCGAGCUGUCCGAAAUGUCAGGAAAAGUAUUCGAGUCUGAGCUCCUGCAUGCAGGCCAGCUCCGUCUUUGAGAAUUCUACCAAUAUCUUCAACAGCCCAUGGGACUACAUUUCCGUCAUCAAAUGCGCCUGCACCGACACUUUCCAGGCCGUCUAUCCCCAGUGUGUUGACUGCUUUCAAAACACCAACCAAUGCUGGUGGCUGGGGACAGACCCGGAAGGGACUGGCGCGCCUCAGAUCGUGACCAACAUGAGGUCCUUGUGCGGAUUGGGAAGCGCGUUGUUGGGCGGCGUGGCCAGCGCCAACAACAUCUCCGCCGUCUCCUCCAGCAGGACCUUUAGCGCAGUGACUACUGGUGCUGGCUACGAUACGGACCAGACGACCGGUUCAUUGUUUGGUAAUUCGGCAUUUUCGCAGACAAGAAUCGUGCCCAUGCUAGCAUUCAACCUCGUCGCUUUCAUCCUCGGAGCUGCACUCUUGCUGUGAUUCAGGUUUCGUCUGCCCCUCUCGUUGUUGUUUCUUCCAAACGGACAGUCGAAAGCGCUUAUCUGCAUUUUCUUCACAGGGCCAGCGGUGUCCAGGCUGCACGUUGGGGCCCUUCCCGCUUCAUAUACCUUAAUAGGAAUCUUUUGUACUUGUCUCGUUCACACGCAUACUCUUUCUUAGCGUGCCUUUUGCCACAAAGACAUGCGCUGCAAAUACUUAUUGUCUACUCGAGGG